AUGGGUACUCGGGGUCUUGAUAUCGUUCGCUACCGUGGACGUUAUUACGCUCGCUAUCACCAGUUCGAUAGUUACUACGAAAGCCUUGGCAAGAACGUGGUCGCAAGCAUCCCUGCUGACCCUGAGAAAUAUCAGAAAUGGCUUGAGAAGAUGCGAGCUUUCUAUGAGCAGCUAGAGAAACAGCUUGACAAAGACGUCUAUGAGAUUCGCGAUGGCGAGAAGCCUAACAAAGAAGCGUUUAUGGAUCUGGAGUCAAUCCCUACCGAGAUCCCACGACUGAACAAUAUCUUCAUUGAAUACAUCUACGUCAUUGACCUCGACCAGGAGGUUCUUACCAUGAACCACUCUAUCCACUGGAAACUCAACAAUAUCCCGCGUGAUGACCUAUGGAUGAAAGCCAUCAAAAAUAGCAUCUAUUACGGCGAGCAUACCGUUUCCCCAGAUAUUUGUCCCGAGGAACAUUUAGCUUCGGUAGCCCUGGAGCUUCCCGAAGCGAAGUGGGAGUUCGAAUAUGACUUUCGCAUGGUAAACCCAAGAACCAGCAUCAACGAGCCCCGAAAGGUCUUUCUCACGCAAGUUCUGGCUAGUAUUCUGAGCGAGUACGAGCUGGAGCUCAUUCAGCUUGGCAGAAGAUGGGCCCCUGAUUCAUUCCCAUUCCGGGAGUUGAUCUUUGCCAUCGUCUCAAUUGCAUCAGGAGCGUCCAAAUUCUCCUGUUUGCCCAAGCAGAAGUGUCACCCUCUGAAAUGCUACCGUUGGGAAUGCAAGAAUAGGCACAUACCAAGAAACGGCGGCUGGCUUGAUGAAGAGUGGGCUGGCGAAAGCGCCCCUUGGCUAAUAUUUAGUUCCGCGUGUCAUCGACCCGGGGAGCCUGCAGGGGCAUCUCCUGUGGAAACGAUGUAUUGGCUGGGGAAUGUGGUUGUGAACUUGACCCUCGUAGUAGAUGGUGAUGCUAUCAUGAAAGCAGCUAAGUGGGGGAUCGGCCAAGGGCGCACGCACUUUCAGGUCGUCGUCAUCUCACUCUUUGAUGUUGCCUUUGCAGAGGUCUUGCUCGGCAAUGACAAGAAACCAUUCCUCAAAGUCAGCGAUGCCAUAAAUCUCUGGCCUCUUCGUCCAGAAUACAGUCAGUGCACGCACCCACGCGAGCGACCAGAAGCAAAGCCGGGCAUGAAGGUUCACGAUCGCUAUCGGCAAUUUCGUGUACGUGCAGGAGAGAGAGGUACACCAGAACAACUACGAUCUCUAUUUCCUGGCCUGAUCGCAUUGGUCAACUUCUUUGAAGUCGCUGGAAACAGAGCUGCAGCAGCAAGUACGACUGGCGUUUUUCCGGUGGAGCUAUAUGCUCGCGUCAUGGACUUUGUCGACUAUGAUACUUGGAAGGCUUCUCUGCUGGCAUCACCAAUGACUCGAGCCCCUUGUCUUCGCAGAUACAAGCUUGAUGACCUGAUGACCAUCGUGGGUGGGCCUUUUGUGCGCCUGCAGGAUGCUUACACUGGCCGACGACGCGAAAGAAUACGCAUUUUAUCCUUCGACUUCGAGGAUACGCAGACAGGUGAGAUCCUACCGCUGGCGUGUUAUUUGAACACCAACGAUGAACGCUCAAUCCAAGAAUGGACGUGGAUGCCCCUCAUUGGCAGCAAUCGAAAAGCACUUAUGGCGGAUGUAACUAUCCAGUUUCAGCCUGUACUGGAAAUUCCACUCGAAGAUGAAGGCUCUGACAAUAUCGAGGCUAGUGAUGAUGAGGGGUCUGAUAGCAGGUCGUAUGUUUUUAGCCGUGAUCAGGAUGAAAACGAUGAAAACGAGAUGGCUCCUGUCCUCUGGCGUGAUGAAGUUGACCAAAAUGACAAUGACAAUGAGGAUGAGGAUGAGAAUGAGAAUGAGGAUGAUAACAACAGCAGCACUGAAAACAAUCACGAGGCUAAUGAAAAUGAUAACGAUGACAAUCUCGCUGCACUGACGAGCGAUGUGAGAAUGUGA